AAUCUCGCGCUGCCUAUUCGCGUCUAUACCCCGCAACGUAGAGAAUGAAAAGCGGGGAGACACGGCAUGACAGGUUGGCCGAAUCAAGCCAUGGAGCCACCUCCCCCAGUGGUUUGGGGUUGCGAUUGAUGCUGCGUGUCAGCCCAUCAGACCAUUGGGUGUGCCUGCUCGGAUUUCUCGGAUCUGCGCCGCACCGGAACGCGACAAUUGCGCGCUCCGGGCUCGCAAAACCAUGCUGCUAGAAAGGAAAGCGAAGCGAACUAGAAGGGGAAAAAAGGCUGACAAAGGAGCUGGAAGGCAGAGUGGAAGUGGCUGCCCAAUCAUCGAUCUGCGGUGGUGUGGCGAUCAACGUCGUUUGCGUGUAAUGCGCUGGAAAUGUGGGGAGAGGCUUGAGUGUUGCGAGCGCUGGGCGCGGUUUGGCGAUAGCGGAGUAAGCCGGCUCGCGAGGGGGUCAGUUCGGGUGAGACGGGAGGCAAAGAAAGGAAACAACUACACCAAACGCGCAAACAUGUGGUGUUGCUUGGAUACGACUGUGGAGAGCUUACUCAUGGCCACACCAACGUGUCCAACGAGUGACAUCCCCACACGGGCCGGUCAGGCUUCCAUGUCAGGCAGGGAACCGACUGGCGUUAUGUACAAGGGCUUUUGCGUCGCCGCGAAAACGGUCGAUGCGGGCAUGCGCAUGUCGCACGUCGUUUUGAGACACGACCGGCUUAUGCCGUUGCACCAGGCAACGGCGUGGAAAUGGGGGUUCAGGGCGGUCGCUCGACGUCGAAAAAAGCCUUGGUUUCACCUCGCACGACCCUCCCAAUCGGGCCGCGUCUCCCCCGGAACGGGGUCCGCAGGGGGUCAGCUCUGACGCUGGAGUUGGAGGCGGAGGUUGGAGGCGGGAGAAGUCAGUGUGUCGAGGAGAAGGGCCGAAGGGCGCGGAGCGGAGGGCUAAGAGUGGAGUCUGCGAUGAUUUUCCCGAAUUUCCCUUCGCGACAAUGUCGU